CAACAAGAGUGAGCGCAUCAGUUGUCGAUCAUUUGUGUUUGAUGUCGUAUCGAUCUGCUUAUAAUAAUGGCAUCACAAAUCCGUGAUUAUAUAAAAUUGCUAAUGGUAACAUUGUUUCUAACGCUUCCUUGGGCAACGCGAGGUAAUUGUUCUCAGGGUUAUAUACAAGCUGGUAAUACAUGCGUUGUUCAAGAUUCUAGAUGUCCACAGAUGCAUGUAUAUUUCAAUGGAGUUUGUAACGCUAUCACUCAAAAUAUUUGUACGGCAAGUGAAAUUUCUAUCAAUAACGGUUGUUGUCCAAUUGCUUGCGUAACUAAUUGUGUACAACAACAAACUUGUUAUUGUUGUGGCAUUUCAAAUUAUGUUAGUCCGUGUGUUCAACAAAGUACCUGUUGCACUUCAACGACUUGUGCAAAUCCAACUUUCUGUCCUCCAACUUGUCAUUUAAAUGGUCCUUCAACAGUUAGCCCAGUUACCCCAUCUCCUCCGAAUGGUUCUUCGACAUCGGCACGUCCGCCAACACCUACGGGAAAACCGGGCGAUUGUCCCUCUGGUACGGUAAAAUUUGGUGAGAAAUGUCACACCUUCUACUGUCCUAAGGGUACAGUUCUUAAAAACGGGCGUUGUUUAGUCAUAGAGUGUCCGGAUGGUACGAUUUGGACUGGAUUCAGUUGCUCUCCAGUUAAGCCUAUUGAGCAUAAUAUUGUCUUUAAUCACACAGUGACAAGUCACUUUAAUGGGACGAAAACCGAUAUUGUAAUAAACCGUGUAAACAACUUAACGGUGGAUGCCUCGGUCACAUUACAAUUAUCAUCAAAGCAUGGACAUAGCGGCGACGAUUAUCAUUAUAAUGAUGAUCGUUCUGAUUGUGAUGACGAUAAAAGUGGUGAACUUGACGGCAGUGGGGAUAAAUGUGACAAUGGUGAUUCUCAUGAGAGAGGAACAAAUACUACUCAAAAGUGUUGUAUAGUUCGAUCGCCACGUGUUUGUGAAAAGAAAGAUGGACGUUGGAGUUGCCGUAGUCGUCGUAAGUACUUAUGUGGUAAGAUUUGCGUUGCACCUAUGGUAUACUUAAAACCGCCGCGUAUGCAUUAUCAACAUCCAUGGAUGGUAAUGCCGCCUAUGUCGGCGAAUUGUCAAACAGCAGGAAUGUGUCCGCCGGUUAGAGACUAUUACGAUUGUUCGGGUUGUAGUGGAGGUCAUAUGGAAUUCUGUUCAACGUAUUGUUACCGUUACAAUUGCCCGUCGCAUCGAUGCCGCUUUUACGAUCAACGACAGUAUUGCUUUCAUUAUCCGGGUUCUUUCGGUUGUCAAGAAGCAGAUGGUUGUUAUGAAAGUUGGUGUUCCAAUGUCAUGUAGAAGGGUUGUUGUUCUAAAUUGUAAAAUUUUUUGUUUUAUUUAAUAAAACGUAAGCUUUUAGCAAUCGUAAUAUAUGCACAAAUA